UCCCGAUAACUUUUGCCGACUCACACUCUCACUCCCUUUGUCUGCGUCCCACUCUCACAUCUCCAUACUCAUCUCCUCUCUCUCUCUCUCUCUUCUUGUGUCUAUGCAUUUUCUCAAUCUGGGUUCUUCUACUUCUUGAAAUUUCAGCAUCUUAAUUAAAGGAUAAUACAUCUGGGGCCGAGAGGAACUUGGAUAAAGCGAAAUCUGAGCUAGGGAGAGUAAGGAAUAAGGAUGUCAAGUGAUAGAUGCAGCCAUUGGUGCUAUACCUGUAGACAACCGGUAUAUCUUACAAGAGAAAACGUGGCAUGCCCGAACUGCCAUGGAGGGUUUGUGCAAGAGCUUGAUGAGAUAACGACGACAAACCCUGAAUACGAGAACCAAAGGCCAAGGUUCAUGGAAGCUAUCUCGAGUUUCUUGAGGAGGCAAAGAUCAGUUAGAGGUAGUGGCUCUGGCAAUAGGGGGAUAUCAGAUAGGGAGCCUGAGCGCAAUAGCUCGUGGAAUCCAUUGCUGAUCUUCAGUGGUGAUAUGCCAGUAAUGAUACCCGACAAUGGAGGAGUUCUUGAGUUUCUCAACGAGGCUCUUGGUUUCAGAAGAGAACAUGGUGGCGAUUAUUUUAUUGGUCCGGGAGUGGAAGAAUUCUUCGAAGAUAUCAUCAGUACCAACCGAACUGUUCCUCCCCCGGCCUCACGAUCUUCAAUUGAAUCCCUUCCUACAGUCAAGAUAUCGAGGAAACACAUCCGGUCUGAUCUUCACUGUCCUGUUUGUAAAGAGAAAUAUGAAAUGGGGACAGAAGUAAGAAAACUGCCUUGCAAGCAUUUAUAUCACUCUGAUUGUAUCAUUCCAUGGCUACAACAACGCAAUUCAUGCCCAGUUUGUCGCCGGGAGCUGGGUCCCGAGAGAUUGGGCGAAAGUAAUAGUCAGAACUCCAGGAGUCAGAAUAGAAGCAACAGUAGGAGAUUUGACAGAAGGGAAAGUAGGAGGGAGAGCACUAGCGAAAACCAGCGAGAGAGGAGGAGACCAUGGUCUUUCCUGUGGCCCUUUGGUUCGUCUCGCUCUCAUGCACGCCAUACUGCAGUUGCAGUGCCUGAAACCAACAUAGAGACCAGCCAGGAAUAUAGUCAUUAUAGCGAGUACUCUAAUUGGCCAUUUGAAUAGCUAGCAAGGUUGGUCAGCAUCAAACUUUCUUGUAUACUGCAUUCAAUUCUUUGUUGUGAUAAUAAUAUUGUACCUUUAGUCGAACGAAGUCUCUAAUGGUAGAGACAACUCUCCUUGUUCCCAUGCUGUCAAUGGAUACAUGUGUUUUCUCUUUUUGUCAUUUCA